UUGCAACGCAAGCCUUUUUACAAUCGCGGAAGUAUCGGUUCCAUUCUAAACUGCUCUGUUUACGAGUCUAUCGUGUUGUUUAUAUAUUUUAAUCUUACUCAUUCGACAGUACAUGCAAAAUGGAAGAUGAUGCACCUGUCAUUUAUGGUCUUGAAUUCCAGGCUCGAUCACUCACUGCACAGACAGCUGAAACGGAUGCUAUUCGUUUCCUUGUGGGUACACAGUCGUUAAAGUUUGACAACCAGAUCCACAUCAUUGACUUUGAUGACGAGAAUAACAUCAUUAAUAAGAACGUCCUUCUCCACCAAGCUGGAGAGAUCUGGAACAUCGAUGCCAGUCCUGCAGACAAAGACGUACUGAGCACCUGCUACAACAAAACCAGCGACAGCCGUGUGGUGUCCUGUGCAGCAGUAUGGCGGAUGCCCCCCACUUGGGAAACAGGAAGCCAAGAGUCACCUGAUGACUCCGCUCACAAUCCCCAAAACUUGGAACUGCUUUGUCACCUAGACGACGGUGCCCACGGCAACGCAGCCUGCGUACUGUGGGAGCCAAUGGGAGAUGGCAAGCGUGUGAUUUCAUUGGCUGAUAACCAUAUUCUUCUCUGGGAUCUGCAAGAGAGCUCCACGCAGGCCACAGUCUCCAGUACUGCUAUGCUUGAGGGAAAGGGGCAACUUAAGUUCACUUCAGGCAAAUGGAGCCCUCACCAUAACUGCAGCCAACUUGCCACUGCAAGUGACACGGCCAUAAGAGGCUGGGACCUCCGUACCAUGGGUCAGAUUUACUGUAUCGAGAACGCCCAUGGGCAGCUGGUACGUGACCUUGACUUCAACCCAAACAAGCAGUAUUAUUUGGCCAGCUGCGGAGACGACUGCAAAGUUAAGUUCUGGGAUGUGCGUAACGUCCAGGAGCCCGUCAAAACCCUGGAGGAACACUCUCAUUGGGUGUGGAGCGUCCGCUAUAACCACAGCCACGACCAGCUGGUGUUGACGGCCAGCAGCGACAGCCGCCUCAUCCUCUCCAACAUGGUGUCCAUCUCCUCGGAGCCAUUUGGCCAUUUGGUGGAUGAUGAGGAUCUCAGCGAGGGGGAGGACAACCACCAAGAUGAUAAGGGCAAGGAGCCUCUGAAAGACAGCGUGGUGUCCACCUACGAGGAGCACGAAGACAGCGUAUAUGCAGCUGAGUGGUCAUCGGCCGAUCCGUGGCUCUUCGCCUCGCUCAGCUACGACGGCCGCUUAGUCAUCAACAGGGUCCCCCGUACUCUCAAAUACCAGAUCCUGUUGUGAGCGGACGGACGUAUGGUGGAUUUCCCAAAACUGUAAUUCAUGUAAAUACAAUCCACCCACAAUCAGUGACUUAAUUAAACGUUCCCGUUAAGAGUUCAGUGAGAUGUUCAGUGUCACCGGAAAAACUUGGGAAUUAGGAAUUUCUCAUGAAUUUAGUAGGAAGUUAAUAAUUUUGAUGAAAUGAAAUUCAAAAUAAUUCAAUUAUUUAUUCCUAAAUGCAACAUGGAUCCAUUGCUUGUGAGGCUUCAGCUUUCCGCUGAUAAUUACAACCUCACCUCAGUGUAUCUGACUCAUUUGCAUGGAGGAUAGUUUUUUUUUUUUGCCUGCUUGAAAUGAAGCUCACGCUUUAACAUGAUUCUCUGCACUGUGGGUGGAGAGCGGACAGAGCAAGAGAAGAGAAUUACUGACAGCCAUAGAAGGGGAGUUAAGAGGUCCGCAGCCAGCACCCAUGGGAGGUGACGAGAGCGGCGUGAUCUGUACGCGUGAAGUGGAGGAAGGAAGCCCAGUCCCCUCCAGGGUUGAUAGUGGGCUUCAUGAAAUCCACAACCAUGCACAUCUUGUCCCUAUAUCAUAUUCUUAUUUUAAAUCUUACUUUAUUUUUCGAAACUCUUCGACCCCUGACUUAGUUUGGUCUUGCUCGGGCAGGAAGUUGUCGACAUGAGCCUGAAGACUUUUUUUCCACCCACUGCAUUGAUUGACAAUAACAACAGGAGUCAAUUUGGAAGAAAAUAUUCGUAGCACUUGUAAAUGUUACUUUCUUACUUUCUCGUGAGCGGCAGUGUUUUCUGCUCCACAAUCUCCGCAGCAGCAUCUAUACUGUAAAACAUCAACUCAUCGCUUUUGAUAUUAGCUGAAAGUACCCUGUAGUCGCCCAAAGCUCCAGAUUGCCCUAAGCUACUUAUUUAUAAUUUCAUCAUUUCUGCAGAAGAUAAACAGCUCGUGGAAGGGACUUUGAAUUUUUGUGUCUGCAUUAAGUCAUUUAGUAAGAAAAUAUGUCUUCUUGAAAGUGCUAUUUUUACAUACAGUACAAUAUUUCAACACAUUUGCUUGAUUAAACACACAAAGAUAAUUAAAUUCCAAUAAGACAAAUAUCUCUAAAAAUGUAAUACAUAGAAUAAAAGGAGAAAUGGGGAAAUGCUAAAAUCUCAUCUCUGAUAUAUUAUAAUUGUAACGUACUGUACAUUAAAAUACUCCAGCCGAUUCUUAUUCAGAAACAGCCUAGAUAGAUCAAAAUAGAAACCAACCAUGUUGAAAGCAUCACGCUGUACAGAGCUCUCUAUAUAAUGUUAAUAAAUCAAUGAAUCAUUCCUACUCAACUAAAUGCUUCCAUCCCUUUGA